UGGGACUAGGCUUAAUUCUUGUCUGUGAAAGCAGGGGUUGGUAUAAUACCAUGGGAUUACCUAAAAGUACAUAAAUACUUAUAAAAUCAGCCUACAUUCUCCACCUUUAAAUUUUGACAGACUCUGCUUCACGUCAUGGUCGCAUUACCACCUUGCGCAUACAUUAUUUUUUCUAUUAAUUCAACUACCAUCGUCAAUUAUUCCUUAAUUAUACACCCUUUUCCUAACGAUCCUACUGCGUUUUAGAUUGUGGGAGACACACUUCCGGUUUGGGGAAGUUCCGCUCAAAAACACUGAAACAAAUCAUUUUAAAUCAUAAGGUUGCGCUACAAAUAAUCUAUAUCCAUCUGUUUGACUGAAUGAGCUGUAAAAUUUCCUUCAUGCUCUAUUUUCAGAUGUUAGGAGAGUAACGUAACACUUGUUAUUUUAAUGUGAUUCCGCUGUAACCAUAUGAAAAAACAACAUACUGCGCAUUUGUGGUCAGCUCUCCCGAUUUAAUUUAUGAUAUAUAUGAAUAAUUCAGUGGAAUGCAUAUGAACUUGUUUUUCUUCUCAAAUCCUCACGUCUCUUUCCAGGUUUGUUUUUAAAUGGAUGCUUUAAAAUGUAAUUGUCUCCCCUUUUCACUUUUUAAUCUUAGCAGUUUACUGGAAUGUUUCUAAAGCAAACAUGAAAAUGUCGGAAAACACUUUGAAAUGUUAUCACUUAGUGUUCCAGUUAAUGAACAUUUUUGAUUAAGGCAAUGUACAAUACAGACAUAUAUUAGUGAUAUUUAACACGUCUGUAUUAUUGCUGUGUAAAUAAUAGAUCUUUUGGGGUUAUUCAUGUAGGCUAUGUUGUAAUUUGUUUAUACACUACCAUUUCCUUUUAAUGUUCGAUGGUUAAAGGGUGAAUAGAAUAAUGUCAUCUCAUUGUACCCCGUUUUUUCGAAAAUGCUUACUAUUGCCUUCAUAGAGCGAUCCUGUUUAUAUUUUACUUUAACGGCAGACUGGAGUAUUGCCCUGACUGACAUGCGUCCAAGAUGUUGAUUGGUCAGUUGUUAGCAGCUACUUAUCAAAUGUAGCUGCGGUCACACUAAACUUUGAGCGAGUGAAAUUUCCCAAGUGGUGCUCACUGAGCCAAAUGAGAUCCAGCUCCACCUCUGUGGAUCUAACAGGAGAUUUAGAGUGUUGUUGGACUUUCUAGUUCCACCCAUUAUGCCCAAAUUACACCCAGAGAGGGGGAGCUGGACGUCCAGAGAGACUGGACUUCACGCUCCACCCAUGGCUAUGCAAUGAGCAGCCUCAAAAUUUCUGCGGACACUGUAACGGUCGAAAUAUUACUCAUACUCUGCUGCGUCCUUUUAAAAAACAAAAUGCAACAUAUAAUACACCCAAAAUGUAAAACUAUGCAGUCUACCUAACUUUAUUGUAACGCUGCAAUCCUGCAGUGCAGAUUUAAAGCUUGCGUUUAAAAAAAAACCGCUUUUUUUCUAGGACAGCAUUCGCAUUUUUCAGCUUUUCAUUUUCUUUCUGCAGAACCAUUACAUCAUCAUGAACUGAGGUAAGAGAUUUGCCCAAGGCCUCAAUGUUGGAAGAAUUCUCCUUAACUAUUCUUUCAGUCUGGUCGGAUCUCUCAUUAAUCUUUUCAGAGAGAAUUCGGAUGAUAUUUUCCUGCACGUUACUCAAAGACAGUUCACUUUGUUUGUUAGAUGAGACGACAACACUUUUUUGCCUUUUGGGAGGUUGAUUUUUGCUUGGUGUAUUUGGACAAGAAUCACAAAUUCCUCAGUUUUUUACUGUACAGGCAUACGAGUGAGUAUCGUUAAAGUUUCUCUUCUCUUUCGUACUGUCAAUCUCCAUAUCUGCCCCAAGAUCCUCAUCCAUGUUUUUGAACUGUGCAGCGAAACGGUUGAUUUUGUGAUUUAAAAUCCUUGUCGAUGCUCCAAGGUCAAUAUUUAAUUAAAUUCAACAGUCAAUAGCAACCAUUAGAUAAUAGUUAGCAACUUUAUGAAAUUUAUAUAAUCAUUUGUGAGAAAAACCCGAUUUGUUUCUCAGCUUAGAGAAUCAAGACCAUCCACGGCGCCAUCUUGGAGCUCCCCCCAGUCCCUCAAAAAAAAAAAAAAAAAAAAAAACGCUAAAAGAAGAAGAGAUCACGCCAUGACGUAUCAAUGUCUACUGGUCACGUGUCUUCACUUUAAACGAAUAUGCAGGGCAGAGUCAGAGACAUUAUAAAUGGGCGGAGUUACCAAACUUGAACUUCAGCCAGAUUAGAAUGAGCUUGUGUUAUCCUGUCUCCCGCAUUCGGGUACGAAUGGACUGAAGUCAGUGGAACAAAAAGUGUACCUUCGUGUUCCAGGUGUGUUGUUUAAAAUGACGCUGAUUAUGAACGCUUGCGCUUUUUUAUUCAAAAUCCUCACGCUACCGCUGCACGUUGCAGAGCUGGUUGGACUUUUGUCUUUAUACAAACGCGUUUUUCCUCGAGUCGUGUAUAACUUUACGUUAGCGUACAAUGAAUUAAUGAACGACAAGAAAGCGGAACUGUUUCGAAACCUGGCUAAAUUCUACCCCCCGAAAGGCUCUCUGCGCAUCUUGGAGGUGGGCUGCGGAUCCGGGGCGAACUUCGAGCACUACCCGACGGGCUGCAAGAUCACAUGCAUCGACCCCAACCCGCAUUUCAAAAACUACCUGGAGAAAAGUAUGGCGAAGAACGACCACCUCGUAUAUGACAGCUUCGUAGUGGCGUCGGGGGAGAAUCUACAGGCGGUGGAGGACAACUCGGUGGAUGUUGUGGUGUGCACACUGGUUCUGUGUUCAGUCAAAGAUACGCCGAAAGUUCUGCAAGAAGCAAAGAGAGUUCUUAGGCCUGGAGGAGCACUUUUCUUCCUUGAACAUGUGGUGUCUGACCCCACAACCUGGACUUACUUUUUUCAACAUGUUCUUCAGCCAUUCUGGUACUAUUUAAAUGAUGGUUGCGAUACAACCCAAGCUACUUGGAAGCACAUCGAGGCAGCUGGCUUCUCCGACCUGCAGCUACGCCACAUCCAGGCUCCUCUGUUUUUUGUGCUCAAACCACACAUUGUUGGUUAUGCCGUCAAAUAAUGAGUAUGAACUUUGCCACACACAAAGGGUGUGUUCACACUUGUAGUUCGGUUCACUUGGUUCGGACCAUUAAAAAAAAAAACACAAAAAAAACAUUUAGUCCUGGUCUGCUUAGUGUUCACAUUGGCAUUUUUAACACCGAACCAAACAUGCCAAAUGUAAUCACACACACAAAAAAAAGAGAAAAACCUAAAGAUUUUCUGAAGCAUGUUUUUUUUUCUUCUUUUUCUUUUCAGUAAGCUUAUUCACUACACUGUCCACUUUUAAAUGUGUCUGCAUGGAUGAGCAAUUGGUAUUAUACCAUAAAAUAAGUUUGUUUAACAUGCAAAGACUCCAUUUCAACACAGCAUUGUAUGUAUCACUGUAUCUUGUUUUAUGAAUAUCCUGUCUGUAAAAUACAUCACUAUCAAGAUUAUACAAAAAUACAAGCAGGUAAAACAAAAUAGAUUUAUCUAUAUAAAACAGGCUUUUGAAAAUGAAUGCAUGAAAGAGCCAUCUAGUGGUUGGAAGGAAUGAGUGUCAUAUAAAGUGUAGCACUUUUAAAAUAAAUUCAGGAAGCAUAAACUUAA